AUGGCUUCCUGGCACACACUUCCCACCGAACUCCACCUCCAAAUCGUUGAAUGCCUCGAAGAAAAGGAGGCUAGAACUUUCUCUGCCGUUAACCUGCAAGCAUACCGUGUCUGCGUUCCGUUGCUUUUCAGACAUGUACAUCUCCAACAUCUGGAUAGUUUCGUCAACAACGUUCCACGAGCGUAUUACCGUCACAUUCACACCCUCGAGCUUCACGUUAACGGUCACAUCGAUGCACUGAGCACUCUACUCACCGCAACCCCCUGUCUAACAACUCUCGUCCUCCAUCUCAAUGGUUCUAUUGAGCAUGAUAUAAUUCCUGCAUUCCUACACGCAAGGGCCUUGCGAAGCCUGACGAUCCGAAAUGUGUCUCCUGAAGUGCUGGCUCCAUUAAGCGAGCGUCUGGUUGUUUCCAUUGCAGCCUCAGUACCCGAGCUGCACCAUCUUCACCUCGAACGCAUCUCCCGUUCGGUCCUUCACGCUCCCGAACUUGUCGGCAAGCACCCUUUCGUGCCUCUUGUCGCGGGAGACUCGGAUAUUCCACACCACCCUACUUUGGGUGCCUCACUCAAUCUUCCGUCUUUGCUGUCGAUUCCAUCUUUAAAACAGCUGACAAUUCACGACACCCAUCUUGGAGAUCCAAUGUGGACAACAACACCAGUUUUGUGCAAUCUCCAGAUGCUCGAUCUCGGCAGUUGCGCUCACGAACCUAGUGCACCCAACCGCCUAGCCAUCGAACGUAUCAUGUCAGCGGUCGGACCAUCACUCUCUGCUUUCUCCCUCCCCACUGCCCUUGAAGCGCCGCCUCCUUUACCCCGCCUCCGGUCUCUUCACAUUUCACCCUUCGUUCCGCCCGACCAAGUCGUCGAUACGGUUGCGGCCCUUGCGGAGUCGCCAAUCGAGGCGCUGAGUGUACAGUGCUUUGCGGAGGAUGUUGCUGACGCAUGUGGAGCUCUCGAAGCAUUUCUGGCUCUUCGAUGUAGUCGCGGUCCCUCCUUCUUUGGGAAACUGAGUCGCAUUGAUGUUGCCAUUUCUGGCGAGUUGGACGCACUGGAUCCUGCGCAUGACAAGGCCGCUGAGCGGCUGAUGGACUUUUGUAGAAAUAUCCAUCUCACCAGCUUUGUGCCUAGAAAGCGUCGAACCUCUGCUGGAGACCGUCUACGUUCUAAUUCAUGUGCAUUUUGA